GAAGCCAAAAAGGACUGCUUCUUUCUCUGCUUUUUUCCUUUGUUCCCUGUCCACGAAGGCACCGAUUCUUCUUCGGCUCUUCAAUAAAUUUAAUUUCUUUCCUAUCAGGAACCCACUUUUUUCCGCUUGCUUUCUCUCUGACUUCUACGAAACCAAAAUAAAGUUGGCUACUUUCUCUGGUAUUUCCUCUGUAGCAUCAAUAGAAGAAGCUCAAGCAGCUGGAGAGUGGGAGAAUUCUGGCAGAGAUUAAUGGGUAACUGCCUUGAUUCUUCUGCCAAAGUAGAUACGGCUCAUAGCUCCCGAACUUCUGGAUCUGGAAUUUCAAAAACUAGUCCUUCAUCAGCACCUUCCACCUUAUCACUUCCAUCAUGCAGUGAAAAAAGUAAUGCCUCAAGUCUUCCCACACCAAGGUCCGAGGGCGAAAUCUUGUCUUCUCCAAAUCUAAGGCCCUUUACAUUCAAUGACCUAAAGAAUGCCACCAGAAAUUUUCGUCCUGAUAGUCUUCUUGGCGAAGGGGGAUUUGGCUAUGUUUAUAAGGGAUGGAUUGAUGAAAACACAUUUCAGGCUGCAAGACCUGGAUCAGGGAUGGUUGUUGCUGUGAAAAGGCUAAAACCUGAAGGCAGCUUUCAAGGUCAUAAGGAGUGGUUGACUGAAGUUAACUACCUCGGGCAGCUCCACCAUGUAAAUCUGGUUAAAUUAAUUGGGUACUGCUUGGAGGGAGAGAACCGGCUUUUGGUCUAUGAGUUUAUGCCCAAAGGGAGCUUAGAAAAUCAUCUAUUUAGAAGAGGGCCUCAGCCACUCUCUUGGUCAGUGAGGAUGAAAGUGGCCAUUGGGGCUGCCAGAGGGCUCUCUUUUCUCCAUAAUGCCAAAUCACAAGUCAUAUACCGUGAUUUUAAAGCUUCCAACAUCCUACUGGAUGCGGACUUCAAUGCUAAACUCUCUGAUUUUGGCCUGGCUAAGGCAGGCCCUACUGGCGAUAAAACGCAUGUGUCUACUCAAGUUAUGGGUACUCAUGGAUAUGCAGCUCCUGAAUAUGUUGCUACAGGUCGGUUGACAGCCAAAAGUGAUGUCUAUAGUUUUGGGGUUGUGUUGCUUGAACUUCUAUCUGGACGGCGUGCAGUUGAUAAAUCAAAAGCUGGUGUGGAGCUGAAUCUAGUAGACUGGGCAAAACCAUAUCUGGGUGACAAACGAAAACUUUUUCGGAUCAUGGACACUAAAUUGGAGGGCCAAUACCCUCAAAAAGGAGCCUACACGGCUGCAAAUCUUGCUCUACAAUGCCUGAAUAGUGAAGCAAAGGCAAGGCCUCCGAUGACAGAUGUUUUAGCAACACUUGAACAGAUUGAAGCCCCCAAGAAUGCAGGCCGACACUCCCACUCAGAGCCACUGAGAGCUAAUGUUCCUGUAAGGGGCUCUCCUGCACGAACCAGGUCCCCACUACAUCUGACUCCAACUGCAUCUCCAUUGUCAUCUCACCGGCAAUCUGCUCGUGUACACUGAAAUACAAACAUCUUGUGUAAAUUCCUUAUUCUGUUAUUAUCAGAAUGUGUUUUCUAUAGGAUUUGGUGAGAUUUGUACUUUGAGCAAAUUUUGAGCUAUAUGAUCAUGAGUAUUGGUACAA